UCUGUUUUUUUCCUGUUUCUUAUGACACUUUUCUGUUGUAUUUUUUUAACAGAUAAUCUGUGCAUUUUUAAAUCAUUUACACGUAACCCAGAUCAGUCUGUUGGACUGGUUGUUUUUUUUGUUUUUGUUUUUCUUUUGUUUUUUUUUCAUAUCAUUUUCUAACCGCAAGCUUCAAAGUACUAAACGCGUGAGAAAAAAGAGAUUGACGCUUAACCUGCGACUGGGUCGGCGAUCAUUCAUUGUUUCGGCAUGGCUCAGGAAGGCCGCAGCUCGUUCCAGCUCAUGCAGACACUGAGGAAAUCUCCCGCCGUGUUUCGUCGGCGUUUUCGCCGUGACCACAUCCAGAUGCUCUCUCACGGCGAUCCGCUCUUUAAGGUCCAUUACCUGGGCACAGAGAAAAUCUUCUCCCUGGACGUGGAGCAGGCGGAGGCCGCUAUCGCCCAGCUGUUGGAGAGAACUCCGUCUGUGGGAAAACUGGGAAAGGAACACGCUCUGGUUGUGCGGCCGCGUUACGUGGAGGUGAAAGAGCUGAGCACAGGACGACAGCUCACCAAAACCUACCUGAGAGACAUCGCCUACUGCGCAGCCGACGCAGCCAGGCCGAACGUCUUCCUCUACAUCUGCAAACAGCAGGCCCAGCAGCUGCACUGCAGGGUGUUCUGGUGUAGCAGCCCAGACCGGGCCAAAGACAUGACCGCCUGCCUGGCCCGGUCCUUUCAGAGGGCCUUGAGUGACCUGCAGGGGGGAGAACCCAAUCACACGCAGGGGGAGGGACAAAAGAAAGACGGGCGGCCAGUGGUGAUGAAAGGGCAGUCCAAAAGCUCCACUUUGCCCUCAGACUUGGGGAAAGGUGGUUGGCGGAGACGCAGUCUGACCACACGCAGUCCUCUGAGAGAGAUGAUGAGACGAACAAGCAUCAGCGACUGAGAUCUGAUUGGCCAACGCUGACUGAAAUGAAUCAGACCGAGCCCACAGCUGACUCUUAAAAAGCAUAAAUAAUCUCAAACCAGAGGAAACAGACUGAGAACUGACCAAUCAAAAGCAGUCCUAUGGAACCAAGACCCACCACAAUCAAAUCUGACCACAGGACAGGACAGGGGUCAGAGACUUUAAUGUUGGCAGGUCAGAUCCCCUGACCUCCACAGGGACAGAACACCCCCACCGGAACACCCCCACACAGUCUCUGCUCUUCACCCACAGCGAGAGGAGGGCGAAGGGGGCGGGGCGAUAAAAGCCGUCGGUCGUCGUCUGUUUGAGUGACAGGCCAGUGAGUGUGAGCUGUAAAUCAGGGCGACUUUUCUCUGCUUUGAAGGAUCUUCAGGAUGAGGAUCUCGCUGAGCUGUGUUGUAAGAUGGGGAAGUGUUGUCGGUGUGGAUGUUGUAAGCUGUGAGUGUGUAGCAAUGGGACAGAGGAGGUAUCUGUGGUCUUCACCACUUUGUGUUUUGUCCAGAGUUUGAGCAGCUCUUUGUAUUGUAACAUAGCACUUCACUUUUUUAUAUAUAUAUAUAUAUAAAUCAAUGUUACAGUUUACUAUGUUGUUUUAUUCAUCAGUUUUGUCUGUGUUUGCCAGUGCUGUUACUGGAGGCGACAUGUAAAAUGGAUUGAAAUCAGUUUAAACAGAAGCAGAACAAAUCGUAAUCAGUCACAGUUUGCCGUUUUCUCUCUGAAACAUUCCUCUCUUUUCCCGUGAGACAGUUUGGCAUUUCCAGGCUUACAGUAAAGUGUUGCAUGAGUAAUCAAAGCUUUGCAUGGUCGUUUUGGGAAUUUGGGAAUAGUUCCUGUCGGCUCCUCACUGAUUCUCAGAUCAUCGGGAGGUUUUUGUUCUCCCUCACUCCCCCUCCUCUGUCUGGAGAGGACAAACAGAUGGAGAGAUAUGUGUGUGUAUCACGCCUGAGUAGACGUGUGCACUGUUCAUCUGCUCCGUCUGUUUGUGCUGUUGCAUAGACUAUUGAGAAAUACUUACCAGAUUUACCAGAAUGAGUCUGUGUCAAGCCAUCUCUGUCCUUAUUCAGAAUAGCAGGUCAAA